CAAAAGGGCCUUCACCCCCUCCCCCCCCCCCCAAGGCCACCUUCACUAACUAUGGAUACUUAUUCCACCGCGUGAAACCCCAAACGUGUUGACACUUACAAGUGCAGAGUACAGCCUUGAGUACAGACAUCCUGGCGAGUGAAGAGUAUUGGAGUGGAUGCCGUCCGGCACGUAGUCAACGGUCCUCCCCGGCGGUGAAUACUUGACAGGGGUAUACUUGACGGGGGUAUACUUGAGAGGUAUACACCUCCUCCUCUUCCUUCACCUCCUUGCUGUGGGCCGCGUCGCCUCUCCUUGUCAGCUCCUACAAGACGCCGAGUUUGCUGUUAGUGUUAUAUGUGACUGGAAAUCUCGUGGGCACUUUGAAGUUUGUUAUCGGCGUGUGUGUGUUUUUGUUUGUGAGUUGACAAAGAGAUGUACAAUGACAGUAACAGUGACAGCAGAGCAUGUGUAUCAUGAGCCAGUCGAGGUUGUUGUGGCUACGCAUCUUACCAAAUUUCCGAAUGAAUAUGACCCAAAUAUAAUUUCCUGCUCCAUCAUAGAACGAAAGAGAGAUAAAGAUGGGCGACAUUACACGAAGAGAGUUGCUGCUGUCCGAAAUGUUUUACCAUCAAUAUUAAGAAGGGUGGAAACCUUACAAGUAGAUAAUUUUGAACUGGAAGAGGAAUGCUGGUGGGACAGAAGACUGAGGAAAUUUAAUGUUGAAACGCAUAACCUUUCUGUCUCUCACUGGAUCACUAUGAGAGAAGCAUCUGUCUUUACACCUCAUCAACAGAACCCAAAUUGGACACAGUUUGAGCAAGAAGGAACAAUCACUGUACACGGACUUGGGAAAUUUGGAUGCCUAAUUGAGAUGUUCAGCAAAAGAUUUUUGAGUGCAGGUGCCCAGCAUGGCAUUACUAUUACUGAAAAACUCAUGGCUGAAAAAUCAAAGAGACUUACAUCAUUAUGGUAUUCAGAAUUUCUAUUUGCAUAAUGGGAACUGGAAGCGAUUGUUGGUUCUCUUCUGGUUCUGGUAAUUCCUGGUUGUUUCUGACAUUAAAUAAUUGGCCGCCAAGCAACCUUCCCCAUGAGUCACUAAUGUGUGACUGAGUUACGUGGACUAAAUAAGAUAUAUUUUAUAUAUGUAACUUAAUUUAAGGUGUUUUGACUUCAUUUGAAGCUAGUUACUCUUGGGAUAUUUGUACUGAGAGAAUUGAGAAAUUUUAAAAAGUGACCAAUUUAUUCUUUUGUUUUUAUUGCUCAGUAUAUUUUCUUUAUAUUUUUUUAGUUUUCACAAUUUUUCAGACAAAGAACAAAGUAUGAGUGUUUUGAAUGUUCUAGCUUGAAUUUUUAUUUAGAAUAUCAGGUAUUUUGAUGGUGUUGACAAAUAUUUAGUUUCAGGUGGUGGUAUGCACUUCAUCCAUAACGCAAAUACUCCAGUAGUGUUAGUGUGGAUAUUGUUCUUGAAGUAUUUUGUAAAUAUACAUACUAAAUAUUGGAAACGAGAUGGCGUUGUAUUGUACUUUAUUACCAUGCAUCGAACAAAAUUUCAUAGUACUGCACCUGUAUUAUAAUUUUUUUUUAAUUAUAAUUUUGUCUUCUCGAGCAUUCUUUCUGAAACCAUAUUUUGACUUGUACCAUAUAGUGGUAAACCUCAAGAUGUUCCUUGUGGGUGGGCAUGCUUGUACAGUAUCCACUCGAUUUAACGAGCUAUAUGGGGCUGUACCCAGGUUGUUAAAUCUGGGACUCCACUAAAUCUGGAGGUUUUAAAAUGUUGGUAACUGUUUAAUCAUAUUUGAGAGAGUAACAGGAUGGAUGGUUGGUGGGCUGGAUGGCUGGCUGGUUAACUGGCUGGUAGGUGGGUGGAUCAGCAGGCAAGUGGGCUGGUCUGGCAGACAGGCAGGCAGGAGUGGGAGUGGGCAGGUGGACUGGCUGGCUAGUGGGUGGGUGGAUGGAUUAGUGGCUGACUGGUGUGUAGGGUGGAUGGAUGGUUUGGUGGCUGACUGGUGGGCAGGCUUAGGGUGGGUUCGGGCAGACAGUGCAGGCUUGAGUGGGUAGGUUUGGGCGGAUGUGCUUUUUGACUGGCAGGGUGGCAGGUAGACUAUCACAGACUGGCUGUAGUCAUGCCUAAUCCAUUCCCACAGCUCCCCCCAUUCCCCCACACUGGACCCCACCCAGAAAUAUACCCCCACCCCUCCAGCUGCAUCUAAACGGUCGGUACAGGAUUAUUGUGGUACAAUUCAAAUUCUCGGCUUCCUUCCUACCAGCUGUGGCCUUGGAGGCAGACAGUCCUGCCCGAUUUUAAUUUAUAUAAAAAAAGUAUAUUGGGUUUGUUAAAGUAUGUAAUGUUGGUGUUCUGUAAACAACAUCAGACUCAUAUUGUUUACAAACUGUGGCUGGUUUCUACCACAGUUGUGAAUGCCUAACUUCCUUUGACUGAAUGUAACUUGACCAUUGUUGCCUCUGGUUGCAACUGUGACUAGCUCUGACUAGAUGCUUCAUAAGAGAAGCAGUGAAAUCUGUGAAGGAAAAAUGUAACUGCUGGCCUAGCAAUGGUAAGGUUGUCAGAACAAACAUAAUAGUGACCUCCAGUUUAACACAUACCAGACUGUAAACUCAAUACCGUAUUCCGGAUUUAAUGGUCAAUGACUCGGUAAAUAAGGCACCAGUAAACUAUCUAAAAUUCAGUCAUUAGACCCGAAGGAACGGUAAAUAAGAUGCCCUUAAAUCUAGUGGAUACUCUAUAGCAUAUUAUGAUACCAGUAGUGAGUGCUCAUUGUUUGGUAAUGUGAAACUUGAGAAGAAAGAUUAUAAAUUUGUAUACGUAACGUUAUUAUGAAUGUUGAUUAUAGUGAUAUGUUGUAUAAUUAAAGUUAAUUUAUGCAAUUUUACCUCCAUUUUAUAUUGUAAAAGACUUAGCUUCAAAGAAGCUUGAUGUUGUAUAAAAACAUAAGAAAAUAUUCUGUGAUAAAUGUGUGUGUUUCAUUUCUGCUAAUUCACAGUAUUCCGUAGAAUAAACAAUUAUUAUGGGGAGACACCGGUUAUUCUAUGUUGAAGUUGUCUUUCUGUGAUUAUUGGCUUCCAGACUCUCUUGAAGUUGGAUAUUUUGUAUUUCAACAUUAGUGAUAUAUCAAGCUAUAUGAAUGAUAUAAGCAUGUAAGUUACAGUAUAGGUAAGAUAACAUACUUCGUUAUUCUAUGGGAGUCUUGUAUUUAUAAUAAUAACUAUAAAGUAUU